UGGCACCACACCACAGCAGUACUACAACAAGGAGCAACUGUCACUCAUUCAUCUGUCGUCUCCUGCUUCCCUCAAGCUUAGAUCGAUUGCAGCCGGCCGGGGACUGUUGAGCUACCACUGCCGGUCGCUGGUACGAGCGGACGUAAGGAGAGAUCCAGAUGGCCGCGACGAUGACCGUGGAGGAGGUGAGGAAGGCGCAGCGGGCGGAGGGGCCGGCGACGGUGCUGGCCAUCGGCACGGCGACGCCCGCUAACUGUGUCUACCAGGCUGACUACCCGGACUACUACUUCAAGAUCACCAAGAGCGACCACCUCGCCGAUCUCAAGGAGAAGUUCAAGAGGAUGUGCGACAAGUCUCAGAUCAGGAAGAGGUACAUGCACCUGACGGAGGAGAUCCUGGAGGAGAACCCCAACAUGUGCGCGUACAUGGCGCCGUCGCUGGACGCGCGCCAGGACAUAGUCGUCGUCGAGGUCCCGAAGCUCGGGAAGGCGGCGGCACAGAAGGCGAUCAAGGAGUGGGGCCAGCCGCGGUCCAAGAUCACCCACCUCGUCUUCUGCACUACCUCUGGUGUGGACAUGCCAGGCGCCGACUACCAGCUCACCAAGAUGCUCGGCCUGCGCCCGUCGGUGAAGCGCCUCAUGAUGUACCAGCAGGGCUGCUUCGCCGGCGGCACGGUGCUCCGCCUCGCCAAGGACCUGGCUGAAAACAACCGCGGCGCGCGCGUGCUGGUGGUCUGCUCGGAGAUCACGGCCGUGACCUUCCGCGGCCCGCACGAGUCACACCUCGACUCGCUGGUCGGCCAGGCGCUCUUCGGGGACGGCGCUGCCGCGGUGAUAAUCGGCGCCGACCCCGACGUGUCCGUCGAGCGCCCGCUGUUCCAGCUGGUGUCGGCGAGCCAGACCAUCCUGCCGGACUCGGAGGGCGCCAUCGACGGCCACCUCAGGGAGGUCGGCCUCACCUUCCACCUCCUCAAGGACGUGCCCGGGCUCAUCUCCAAGAACAUCGAGCGCGCCCUGGAGGAAGCCUUCAAGCCGCUCGGCAUCGACGACUGGAACUCCGUCUUUUGGGUGGCGCACCCGGGCGGGCCGGCGAUCCUCGACAUGGUGGAGGCCAAGGUAAACCUCAACAAGGAGCGGAUGCGUGCCACCAGGCACGUCCUCUCCGAGUACGGCAACAUGUCCAGCGCAUGCGUCCUCUUCAUCAUGGACGAGAUGCGCAAGCGCUCCGCCGAGGAUGGCCACACCACCACCGGCGAGGGAAUGGAUUGGGGCGUCCUCUUUGGCUUCGGGCCCGGCCUCACCGUCGAGACCGUUGUCCUCCACAGCAUGCCCAUUGCCGCUGAUGCCACCGCUUGAUCGAUGGUUCCAUCUCCGUUUAUCUGCCACAUCGAUGAAUACCUACUACUACUACCGCCGCCGCCGCUGCUAUCCAAAGUAAUUUGUAUUGUAUUCAUGCAUACCUGGUUUGUAUUUGUUGGUAGGAUUCGUUCUGCUAUUAUGUCGCUUGUGUCGCGUACGCUGUUGUAUCCUAGUAGUAGUAAUCAAACGGAGUACGGUUUAUGUACGUGUCAUAAUAUCGGCUGUGAGGUGCAUUUACCUGUGUACGACAAGAUUGGUUGUUUAAUUUCAA